AUGGAUGAUUAUAUUCGACAAUUAACACAUGAUAACAAAACAUUCGAAAAUCAAUGGCCAAAAACAUUUGAUGAACUACAUAAGUUCAUUAAUAAUUAUAAUGAAAGUAAUAUCAAUAUUUUAUCUUUCAAGGUCAAAAUAUUAGAUGCUGCUAUUGAUUAUGUCUUAUCCGAAUCGAUAAUAUCUGAACAACCAGUUUAUGCUAAAGUUGUUCUUGUUAAGAUAAUUAUAAAAUUUGUUGGUGCCGAUCAAAUGCCAUCAUUUAUUGAUAUUUUACGGAUAUUUCGACGUAUUCUUGAUGUUAAUAAUAUAUAUAAUCAAUGGUAUUUAUCAAUAAUUGAAUUAUUUCAUUAUGAAUUACAACUUUUUAAAUGUUUAAUAUCAACAAAAUCCGUUGAUUUGAUUAAAUAA